UGCGGAAAGCGGGAGGUUUGGGGACGGCUUUGUAUCUGACCUGCAGCCGGGUCGCGGAAGCUUGUGCGCCUGGCACGUCCCUCUUCUUUUCCGUCGGAGAGCUUGGGAUGUGGUAAUGUCAGCCAGACUGUUCAGAGCCCUGGCCGGAUCUCACUGUAUUUUAUCAAAAAUAUGUCAGUGCCAAAGACUUGUCCACCGAACACUAAAGCCACAGAAAGAAUUUGAGACUACAACAUGCAGCACCGUGGUGAGAAGUCAGAACUUGGAUUUGUUCUUUCCUGAGACAGCAGCUGGUGGUUUGAGUAAGUCCCCGGUCCUGGAAAUGAGUCCGAAAAUCUCAAAUACAAGCAUACUCUCUCCAUUAAAUGCUGCGCAUCGCCAGGAUGAAAAAAUGCACCUUCCAACCAGGAAAUCUUUUGGUACUCACAGGAAAGUGACUCACAGACCAAAUCUCUUAGGUUCUAAGUGGUUUAUAAAAAUAUUAGAGCGGCAUUACUCAUCUCCAUCAACGGAAACACUAGUUCCUAAACAAGACUUUCCGCAAAUCAAGAGACCACUAAAAGCAUCAAGGACCAGGCAGCCAUCCAGGACCAACCUUCCAGUUCUGUCUGUGAAUGAGGACCUGAUGCACUGCACAGCGUUUGCGACUGCAGAUGAAUACCAUCUCGGGACUCUCUCUCAAGAUCUGGCCUCCCACGGAUACGUUGAAGUAACCAGCUUGCCUAGAGAUGCAGCAAACAUUUUGGUGAUGGGUGUGGAACACUCUGCUAAAGAAGGUGAUCCUGGAACAAUAUUCUUCUUCAGAGAAGGAGCUGCUGUGUUCUGGAAUGUGAAAGAUAAAACUAUGAAACACGUGAUGCAGGUCUUAGAAAAGCAUGAAAUCCAGCCCUAUGAAAUCGCUCUGGUGCACUGGGAAAACGAAGAGCUUAACUACAUAAAAACAGAGGGACAGUCGAAACUUCACAGAGGGGAAAUCAGAUUAAAUUCAGACCUAGAUAUAGAUGACACCAUUCUAGAGAAAUUUGCUUUCUCGAAUGCUCUUUGUCUUUCAGUGAAACUGGCUAUCUGGGAGGCAUCACUGGAUAAAUUUGUUGCCUCUAUUCAGUCAAUUCCAGAGGCUUUAAAAGCCGGGAAGAAAGUGAAACUAUCUCAUGAAGAAGUGAUGCAGAAAAUGGGUGAACUCUUUGCCCUGAGACACCGUAUAAACUUGAGUUCAGACUUCCUGAUCACUCCCGAUUUCUACUGGGACAGAGAAAACCUGGAACAACUUUAUGAUAAAACUUGUCAGUUCCUUAGCAUUACUCGUAGAGUGAAGGUUAUGAAUGAGAAGCUUCAGCACUGCAUGGAGCUGACAGAUCUAAUGCGGAAUCACCUGACUGAGAAGAGGGCGCUCCGCCUGGAGUGGAUGAUUGUCAUCCUCAUCACCAUCGAGGUCAUGUUUGAACUGGGACGAGUAUUUUUUCUGAUCAAGUGAUAACCAGAGAAAAGUAUCCGUGCAAAAGAUAUUCAAGUUCUACAAUCAAAAAUAAAUGCUAUUGGGGGAAUCUCUUAUUUAAUUGGUAUUUAAUAUUUUUUAAUCAAUGUGAUGAUCUUUUUCAGCUCCUGUAUGUAUUGCUGCUUGAAUAAAAAUUAUGAAGAA